AUGCCUACUCCGCGGAACGGGGAUGAUCACGAUGGUGAUCAGGACCAUGAGAACCAACAACCCCAUGUCAAAGGUCACCCUAAGAACUUGGUCACCAGAAAGGAUCUGGAACAUUUGGCUGCUCAAGUCAAUGAGGCUAUCCACAACCUCCAAGGAAUGGGAGAGGGACCUUCAAGGAAACAACUAAACCACCCUACCAGCUCAAGGGUGAGCACAACAUCUCAUACCAUCCACAGGGCACAGCCUCAAAGUGUGAUGAACAUGCUAGGUGACAGGGGUGGGGCACAACCUCGCCCUCACCAACUAAGGGCCAGUCAAGAUGCACGCCGGGUAAUUGAAGAGCGACAGUUGCACAGAGGAGACCUUGAUGCUCGAGACCUCUUGCACAGGAGGCGCCUCGAACAAGCAAGAGAAGCCAUCAAGAAUGAUAGGAUCACCCGAGGUCUACCCCCCUCUAGUUCUAAGACUACUGCCUCCGCACGAGACCACCCAACUCCUUCAAGGCAAGUCGAACCGGUCGAAAUCAGCUCUCGAAGGACAUCUCCCAUGAGGCACUCACCUUCUCUUAUAAGGAGACGUCACUCACCCCCUAGCCGGGUUAGAGGACAUUCCCCCAGGACAAGGGCUUCACCCCCCGAUCAACAACCUGGGGCUCAUUCACCUUCUCAUCGCCCAAGGCAUCGCUCACCCUCAAGAAUAGGAAGGAGCCAUCCACGCCGUGAGCGAACAUACUCGCCUCUCCUAGAGAGUAGAGGUAGGCAUGCCUCCCCAAGAGAAAGAUGGGGCUCCCCUCCACCAAGAAAUGAUAGGCACACUUCAUCAUUACAGGAGGCUCUCACUCCCUUCUCCCAAGAGAUAAUGAACACCCCUCGGCAAGACAAAGUGAAGGUCCCUACCAUCGAGCCUUUCGAUGGAACUACGGAUCCAGAAGAGCACAUGGCCGCCUAUGCGGCUCAAAUGAACGUUCAGACUGGAUGUGGAGCUACUUGGUGUAGGUACUUUCCCACCACCUUGAAGGGUCUUUCACUUAUCUGGUUCAACAAGCACGUGCCGAAGGGGAGAUCAAGAGCUACAGUGAGCUUGAAAAGGUGUUCAUCAGCCAAUUCGUUGCGGGUCGAAGACAUCAAACGACAAGUGUUAACUUGA